AGGUCCGAACGGCGAGCGAAUCGAACGACGACGGCCGCUGUAGUAGCGGCGGGCACGCGCUAGUGUCGGCAUCGGUGCUGCUCGUCUCUCUUCUCUUAAUAUCCGCCUCCAACUUGGGACUUUCGGAAGCCGAGGAACGGCGCUCGCGGACAGAGAGAGAGAGAACCGGUUUCUACCUGCUGUGCGGCUAGAAGCGCGUACGCCUGGGCGCUCGUGGACUUGGACACUCCAGCGAAUCGCCGAAUUUCUAUUCUGGACCAUGAGCUCCUCGACGUUCGUCGGGAAUCCGGACGUCAUGGUUGCAGGACCACCUCCACCGCCGCCUCCUCCGCCUCCGAUGUCUGGUCAAGUGCCAGCUAUGAGGAUUAACACUGCCGAGAACGCAGCGACGAAGAGGCCACAGAUGGGCAGUAACGAUGCCUACGAGCCGCCGGCGGCCAUUCAGAACGCGAUGCUGACGAAGGAUAAGAAACCUUUUACCUACACGCCAGGUAUGGGCGGCAAGCUCGACCUGUCGCAGAUCCGCAGCCCGCGAAUGGCGAGGAGAGUGGCGAAAAAUGCCAAUGACGAAGGCAUCGAGGGACCGCCGAAAUCCGCCCUCGAGUCGAAGCCGGCCACCACCUCGCCGAAUCCCUUCGUGCAGCCGCAGGUGGCGAUACCCGUGUUUCCCACCAACGUUCCGCCGGUCAACAGGGUACCUCAGCCCGCAACGGUCAACCGGACGCCGUCGAACGUUGCGGAGAAACCAGCGGAGGCGCCGAAGAACGUCGUCAAGAUCGACACGAAGGCGAUCGCGCCGGUUACGCCGAGCAGCCCUGAGAGUCCGAAUACUCCGACGCAAGUCACUCUGGCCAAAGCCCCGACGCCUUGGCUCCAAAAUAAGAACAAGCCUCAGGAGGAGCUGCCCGAGUGGGCGAAACGCGCGAGCGUCAGUAAAGCCGGCCCGUCCGAGUGCCCGGCGACAUCCCCGGUCUACGUCCAGGUGCAGCCGAGGCAGAACAAGGAGCACGAGUCUUCUCAGCAGCAGGCCCAAACGACGUGGCAGCCGACGAGGCAGAACACCGAUGCGCCUCAGCGAAACAAUCCGCAGACUCAGCACGAGCGUGUCGUACCUAUUCGGAUCGAAGACAGACCAUCGGUGUUCGACGCGAAGCGCGAAUCCGGCCAUCAUCAGUUCAAGCAACCGCCGACCUUGCAUCAUCAGCAGCGAUGGGGUCAAAUGCAACAGCCGCAGAGCCCGGAAAAUCGGCCACAGGAUCAGGAGCAGACCCACGUUGUGGUUCUGUCCCGGCCCGAACAGACGGUUGGCACCUACAUAAUCCCCAUCGUGGUGGAGGGUAACGACAAGAAGACAUCGCAGGCGAAUGUCGGAGGAAGCAACGCGACUGGGAAAGGUCCCAAGGUUGUGCAACAGAGAGCUUCAGCCCCUGUUCAGCAGCAAGAAACCGGCCCGGUCCAGUCGCGAUCGUUCCGCGUCCUUCAGAAAAUCACGGACACGGAUGCGCCCAACGACGUGGGAGCAGAUCAGAUUCGCAGAAUGGAGCUGAGCGAAGACGAGAGGGUGCUCAUGAAUAAGUUUAAAGAGCAAGUUGACCACGAAACUUAUCUUCACCAAGAGGAAGACCCGAGAUAUCGCGGUGCGGCGAUACCCUCACGAGCCUUUCGCUUUUUACAAAAUAUGACGGACUCGACUGACGCUUCGGUUACUUGCGCAGCGCCACGUAAUGCACAGAACGUUGCGAAUAAGAGACAAAAUAGAAAUUCAAAAUCAUUCGAAGAAACACAGGCGAAUCUGCCGCCGAGCGAGCAACAAGUCCAAGAACCGAAGAAGUACAUGGGUAGUGCUAUUCCUUCACGAUCCUUCAGGAUAUUACAGGCGAUGACAGCGCCAGAGAGUAUCGCCACGCAAGAAAAUCGUCAAGCGGAUUACACCCGCCGAACAGAGAAUAACUUGCCGGGCAAUCAGCAGGGUGUAUUUCUCCCUCCUCCACCCGUUCCCUUCUGGCAUCCCGAGGGUUGGUGGGGCUAUUAUCCCGCGGUGCGGUUCGGCGAGCCGAAUAAACAUUCCUUCCCCCCCUAUCCGGACGGAAACGUGUACGAAGCCCCUUAUCCGCUUUACGAUCCGAACCAUCUUGCACGGGUGAAAGUGACGGGCCGAGAAAGCCCCGAGCUUUCGGCCGUCGACGCCCGAGACGGGCUGCUUUGCGAGAACGGUCCUCACGACGCGGCCGACUCGUCCUUCGCGCAGGAGCACCUGCCGACUGAUGCCGUCUUGCCCGAGGAAAUUAAUCACUUGGACGCUCAGUCGAGCGGCGCGCAUCAUCGGGGAGGAGACGUCGACGGGACCGGCGACGUCGACAGGAACGGCAUUGUCACGGCGAUGAACAUAAUCGGCGAGGAACGAGGCGAUCUGAACGAGCCGACGUUGGAGAAGACCUUCGGCCUGCACAUUAACGUGCCGAAUUACACGUACGUGGACACGAGCGACUCCAGCGACGACGACGACGACGAGCAGCCCCCGGGGCGCAAGGGCGCCAGCGACGACACCACGUCCUCCAACAACUCGUCGUCCGACAGCGACUCCUACGUGGCAUACUCGACGGGUCUGAAUCCGCGGGAGAAGCCGGAGAAAGAGAGGCCCGAGUUCCCGACGGACGAUCCGGGAAACGAGACGCGUUUCAGGAAAGAUCGUCCUCGGUACUCAGAUGACGCGUUUCAGCGGGAUACUACUUCGACGGCAGGAGAGGACGAGCGAGGACGAAGCGGAGACUCGAUCGAUUCUUCCACCGGCAACACGAGUCCUGACGAGCCGAUCGAUAACGACGACGACGCGGAACGGCAGGAUUCCGAAGGUCCUGCCUUCGAAGCGACCGACGACUCCGAGGCCACGAUGGUCAGCGUCAGCUUGCCCCUGCGGUUCAAGUUCUUCGUGUCCGAGAACAACGAGGACGUCACCACCGUGACAGUGGGCGACAGCAAGAUCCGGGCGGAGAGAGCGAAGUGCGGACGCUCAGCCGGAGACGGCGGGGUGAACGACGACGACGUCAGUGUCGACUUCCACGUCGGCAACGACACCAGCGUCGAUUUCACGAUCAGGAGGCACGCGAGCUCGGCAGACGAAGCGAGCAUACCGCAGGUGAACUUCACUCUGAGGAAGGACCCGUCGAGGAGCCGCGAGGAGACCGCAGGAUCGACUCCUGCGCGAGACCUUGACUCCUCGACGCAAGUCCGGCUGGUGGACGGGGAUGGGAUAACGCGCGAUCAGACGACGAGCGAGGCGAAGCAGCUGUCGAGCGUCCAAGAGGACACCGACGAAGAGGACGAGGACAGCGGCGUGACCUCCGAUCUGAGCCGCAUGAUAUCGGAAGUCGACACGGACUCGGAGUGCGCGUCCUCGAAGAACUCGAAGAAGUACCAACGCACGCAGACGCACUCGCGGCUCUUCCGGUUGCUGAACGACGACUCUGCCCGAGAAUCCCCCGACCGCGGACCUCCUUCCUCCAGGAAAGAGUACCUCAGCCUGCCGCUCAACACCGUCUUCAACUACGACGACAGCUACUGCUCCAACUAUUCCAGCGGGCUGACCUCGCCCGAGUAUUCGCCCGUUCACGAGCAAUCCUGGCGGCGCUUCCACGACGCGAGCUUGAGCUCGAAGAGCGAGCAGAGCGCGGAACAGGCGACGGGCGGCGACCCGUACUUCCGCACCUGGAAGAGGCCGGCCGGCCUGCACGACGUCGUGCCGUCGCUCGCCCACAAGAUCCUCGACAGCAGGUUGCCCUCGUGGGCCUACAAGGUGAACGUGCUCUGUCCGAGGAUCAAGAGCACGAAGAGCGUGCCGCGCGCCUUGACGCCCGGCAAGAUUAACGACCCGCCGCCGACGGUCCCUCCCCCUAUCCCGCCGCCGACAUCCUGCGCGAACGCUAACGCCAACUAUUGCUGACGUGCCAGGGCAGAUUGAGACCCCGUGUGUUCGGCCGCGAGCGACGAGACCGCUCCCCACGAUCCACGGACGUACCUUUUCUCUCGAUUCGCAAGACAACCGGGCUGAGUGCGAGAGCCCGAGGUGCUACCGGGCUACGUGAUUUUUUUUCUAUCGGUCCCGACGCAACCGAUUAUUGAGGGAGUACGGAUGGGCUCCUCUUUAGGGAAAGUCAAAUUGUUAGUGUGCUUUUUUUUC